AUGGAUCGACCAAUGUUGUAUGUAUACUUAUUGGGAUCUUACGACUUUGGUAGGAGGUCUAGUUUUUUGCGAUUCAUCUUUUUAGUUAUUAUAUUUUGGAUUUUGUUGCACAUAGUAAGUCUACACAAGUACCAAUUACAGCUAGGUAUACUUGUUUCCAAAGGGUAUCUCGUCAUUUGUUUUAUUUGGUACCAAUUACAGCUAGGUAUACUGGUUUCCAAAGGGUAUCUCGUCAUUUGUUUUAUUUGGUUUUAUAUUCUUGGGCAUUAUAUGCUCAGUCGAUCCAACGAGUUUGUGUCAAAUAAUAAGGUUAGGGAUCAUUUUUAUAUGAUAUUUUUUGUGGAAAAUUUAUAA